AUGAGCUUCCAGGCCCCACCCACACUCCUGCACCUGGCAGUACAAAGCUUAGUGAGCAAUGAGACCUUGGCCAUCUCUACUCUGCAGGACCAGCUAAUGGAGUUAUUUCCCAUACUGCUGAAGGAAGCCAACACUCAGAGAAAACCAGAGAUGAUUAAGGCCCUGGUGACAGACUGGCCCUACCCUUGCCUUUCUGUUGGGUUGCUGAUGAAGAACCCCAGCUUGGAGAACUACCAAGCUAUGUUGGAUGGAGUAGGCACAUGGCUGCAAAGAGAGUCUCCCCCUGGAGGGCAGAAUCUUCAAGUGGUUGACUUGAGGAAUGUGUUCCAUGAUUUCUGGGAUGUGUGGACUGGAGGAGAUGGUAGAAACCGCUCAACAGAAACUUUGCCUGAGGAGCUAGUAAUGGAGGGCCUUCCUCAACGCACACUGAGGAGGCAGCGUUUGAUGGUUUUCACUGAUCUUUACCUACCUGCAGAUAAAUACCAAAAACAUUUAUUGAAAUGGGCAGAGAAUAUAAGUGGUUCUCUGAAAUUGUGCUGUGUGAGUCUGAUGAUUGGUACAGAAGAAGGCGGCCCUGUCAAGAAGGUCUUCCAAAUUUUACAGCUGCAGUUCAUCAAGGAGUUGGAACUGAAUACAGUGGGUGAUCUCUCCAUACUGGCCAGUUUUGUACCUUUUAUCAACAAGAUGAGAAAUCUUCACAAAAUCCUGCUAGUCCGUGUCUUCCGAGACCACACCCACACUCCUGCAACUGAGAGGGAUGAGAUGUAUGUCCGCAAGAUCAUUUCUCUGUUCUCCAAACUCAACCGUCUCAAGCAUGUCACCAUAGAUGAUGUCUAUUUCCUCAAUGACCACAUGAAACAGUUGCUUAGGUGCCUGAGGACCCCGUUGGAGUCCCUGUCCAUCUCUUUCUGCAAUUUCUCACAGUCAGACUUGGAGUCCUUUGCCCAGUGGGGUCACUGUCAGCUUAAACAUCUGUACCUGAGAGGUGUCAAUUUAAGUGAUUUGAAUUUCAUGCCUCUCACAGUUUUCUUACAGAGUGUUGCAGACACUCUGCUGACCCUGGAAUUGGAAGAUUGUAGGAUGAAGGACCCUGACCUCAGGCUCCUUCUCCCUGCCCUGAGCCAAUGCUCCCUGCUGACCAGCAUCAAUCUCUACGACAAUGAAAUCUCCACCAAUGCCCUGAAAGACCUUCUGUACCACACUGCCAACCUAAGCCAGCUGACCAAGGAGCUGUACCCUGCUCCUAAAGAAGUCUAUGAUCACUCUGGUUAUGUCAAGGUAGUGGAAUUUUCCCAAUGUUGUGCUGAGCUGAAGAGCACACUUGUCAAUGUACGUCAGCUUAGGUCAAUCUGCUUUGGUAGCAAUCCCUGUUUAGACUGUGUUUUCUUACAGAGUGUUGCAGACACUCUGCUGACCCUGGAAUUGGAAGAUUGUAGGAUGAAGGACCCUGACCUCAGGCUCCUUCUCCCUGCCCUGAGCCAAUGCUCCCUGCUGACAUGCAUCAAUCUCUACGACAAUGAAAUCUCCACCAAUGCCCUGAAAGACCUUCUGUACCACACUGCCAACCUAAGCCAGCUGACCAAGGAGCUGUACCCUGCUCCUAAAGAAGUCUAUGAUCACUCUGGUUAUGUCAAGACAUAUGAGCUGCAGAGGCUCCUGAGAGGACCCCAAGGAAGCCCCUCCCUUGCCGUCUUGGUCACCGGUGUGGCAUCCCCUGUAUGGGCUCCUGCCACCAGCACAGCCACAGAGCAUAGGGUCAGCCCUGUGGCCACAGCAGGGGGACCCGGGGCUGGAGCUGCCCCUAUGGGCAUGGCCCAGUGGCAGCGCCAGCCAGGGAAUCUGUGGAGCUGC